GUCGCCCUGCCACUGCGGGAGACCUCUGACCGAAUAUAUAUAUAUAUAUAUCUACCCUGCCAAGCAACUUUAUUUCACACGUCUUCUUUCCACAACCCCGCCCGCGAUCAGAAAUUAGCUGUCCGUAUCUAAUAGAUCGCGCACUGUUGAUUGUUACACGCCCACCACCUAUCAGUCACCCUCGUACACCCUUGCUCAGCUUUUCACCAUGUCAGGAGUUGAGGGCGUUCGUAUCACUGGCCCUCUCAAGGAGGAGCACAAGCGAAUCUUGACUCCCGAUGCCGUCAAGUUUUUGGCUUUGCUCCACCGAUCCUUCGACGAGCGCCGAAUUCGCUUGUUGCAGAAUCGCGUCCUGCGUCAGCAAGGGUUUGAUGCUGGCCAACUACCCAAUUUCCUGCCUCACACUGCUCACAUUCGUGAGGACAAGACCUGGAAAUGCGCCCCUCCCGCCCCUGGCCUCCGUGACAGGCGUGUCGAGAUCACUGGCCCGGUUGACAGGAAGAUGGUCAUCAAUGCUCUGAACAGCGGUGCCUACACCUUCAUGGCUGACUUCGAGGACGCUUCGUCUCCCACCUGGGCUAACAUGAUUGAUGGCCAGGUCAACAUGAACCUCGCUACCUACCGCAAGAUUGACUUCAAGCAGUCUUCCAACAACAAAGAGUACAAAUUGAAGCCCGUCGGCCAGACUGCCACCCUGAUCGUCCGCCCUCGUGGCUGGCACCUGAACGAGGAGCACUUCCUAGUUGAUGGCAGACCCAUCUCCGGAUCCCUCUUUGACUUUGGUCUCCACUUCUUCCACAACGCCAAGGAGCUUGUACGAAUUGGCUACGGCCCUUACUUCUACCUGCCCAAGAUGGAGUCUCAUCUCGAGGCACGCCUAUGGAAUGACGCCUUCAACUUGGCGCAAGACUACAUCUCCAUCCCUCGUGGCACUAUCCGAGGAACGGUCUUGAUCGAGACAAUCACUGCUGUCUUCGAGAUGGACGAGAUCCUCUUUGAGCUGCGCGAUCACUCCUCCGGUCUCAACUGCGGUCGAUGGGACUACAUCUUCUCGUUCAUCAAGCGCCAGCGCUACAACAAGGCAGCUGUUUUGCCUGACCGUGCCAACGUCACCAUGACCGCUCCAUUUAUGAACGCGUAUGUGGACCUGCUCAUCAAGACUUGCCAUAACCGACACGUCGCUGCCAUCGGUGGUAUGGCCGCAACUAUUCCCAUCAAGGAUGACAAGGCUCGUAACGAUGCUGCUAUGGACAAGGUCCGCGCUGACAAGCUUCGCGAGGUCACGAAGGGGCACGAUGGAACUUGGGUCGCACACCCUGCACUGGUCUCUGUCGCGCUCGAGGUCUUCAACAAACACAUGCUGGGUCCCAACCAGUACCACAUCCGUCGUGAUGAAGUCACUACCACUGCUGUUGAUCUGCUCAACCCUGUCGUCGAAGGCGCUAUCACCCGAGGCGGUGUCCAGCAGAACGUCGAGGCUCUGCUCAUCUACUGCCAGAGCUGGCUCGACGGCUUGGGCUGCAAGGCAGUCAACUACAGCAUGGAAGAUGCUGCUACAGGAGAAGUAUCCCGCUACCUGCUCUGGUCUUGGGUGUACCACGGCAAGUCCACCAACGAUGGUCAGCUCAUCACCAACCAAUACGUGGACCAAGUCUUGGCCGAGGAGAAGGCUAAGCUCAAGGGCUCCAGGAGCUUGGAUAUUGCUGAGCAAUUCAUCAAGAAUGACCUCAGACAAAAGUCUCCCAGCGAGUUCUUGACCAGCUCUCUUUACCCCUCCCUGCCUCUGUCUGGCGUCGAGUCCAAGCUCUGAGAUGCUCGUGCCGAUUUUGAUCGCCCUACGCAAGACCCCUCAGAUAUUCUUGCUGUUAGCAGAAUGUGCAUGUCUUUGAACGCG